CCAUAACGAUGUCUACCAUCACCGAACAAGCUUCACAGAGCUCCUUCAACCCAGUCCUUCCUCUGGACUUUAACGCGAACCAGCCAAAAACCAUUCGCCUCUAUCCGCUCAGCAACUACACAUUCGGAACCAAGGAUGGACAACCAGAAGAGGACCCUUCGGUGCUUGCGCGUCUCAAGCGUCUAGAAGAACACUACGAAAAGCAUGGCAUGCGACGGACGUGUGAAGGUAUCCUAGUGUGCCAUGAACACAACCAUCCGCACAUCCUUAUGCUCCAGAUUGCGAACGCCUUCUUCAAACUCCCUGGCGACUACCUGCGGCCUGAAGAUGAAGAGAUUGAUGGCUUCAAAGUCAGGCUGAAUGAACGUUUGGCUCCGGUCGGCACGCAGUUCACAGGUGAAGGCGUUACCAAUGAAUGGCAGAUUGGCGACACGCUUGCGCAGUGGUGGCGACCGAAUUUUGAGACGUUCAUGUACCCUUUCAUCCCCGCACACGUCACGAGGCCGAAGGAGUGCAAAAAGCUGUACUUCAUUCAGUUGCCACGGAGCAUAUUGAGCGUUCCCAAGAAUAUGAAGCUCCUAGCAGUACCUCUAUUUGAGCUAUACGACAAUACAGCCCGCUACGGCCCUCAACUCUCAGCCAUUCCUCACCUCCUUUCGCGCUACAAUUUCGAGUUCGUCGAUGAGAACGGUCAGGUGGUAGCGCAAACCCCGGGGGCCGGAUUGACAGAUGGCAGUAGGCCUCAGGUCAAGGUGCUGGCCGGUGGAGAUGAUGUAAAGAUGGAGCAGAAUGGAGAUGCCGCGAGCGAUCAGACUCUGUCGUAG